AUGGCGAUCUAUGCUCCAGGGGCCGCAGGUCACUGCCGGGAGCGAUCAAUCUCCUGGCGGUUUUGUGAGCAGGAGGUUAGGGCGAUACAUUCCCAAAUCCGCGACGGAGGCCACGGCACCAGCAGAUUUCUCGGCAACCAGCUCGUCAAGAUGUAUGGCCGCUGUGGCAGCGUGGAGGAGGCUCUGGCCGUCUUCCAAUCCAUCCGGGAUCCCAAUGUCUACUCGUGGAACCUCAUGAUCUCGGCCUACGCACGCAACGGGCAUCUCGCGUAUGCCCAAAACGGGCAUAUCAGGGAAGCGAGGAAGAUCUUUGAGAAAAUGCCCGAGAGGAAUCUCGUGUCGUGGAAUUCGAUGGUGUCUGGGUACGCUCAAGCCGGCAUGGUCGUCGAGGCGAAGAAGCUCUUCGAUCAAAUGCCUAGAAGGGAUUUAGUGUCAUGGACCGCGAUGAUCACAGCAUUUGCCAAAGCUGGGCAAGGCAAGAACGCGAUCAAGGCAUUUGGGCUCAUGGAUCUCGAGGGAUUUCAAGCCGACAGCGUGAGCUUCGCCGCUACGAUCGACUCCUGUGGUGAUCUGAAGGAUGGGCGACUCCUACACGCCGAUGUUCUUGUCAGUUCCAGCGCUGGAAGUGACGUGAUUGUGCUCACCUCGCUCGUUGCCAUGUACGGCCGGUGUUUCAGCGUGGAGGAAGCUCGUACGACAUUUGACACGAUGAAGAACACGGGCUUGAUCCAGAACAGUGUCCUUCCGUGGAAUGCGAUGGUAGUGGCGUACGCUCAGAGUGGUCGCGGCCAAGACGCUAUCCGGCUCUUUCUCGCCAUGGAUCUCGACGGCGUCCUUGCCAACGAGUUCACAUUUGCCAGCGUCUUCGAUGCGUGCUCGAGCUGCGGCGCUGCGUCACUGGCUCACGCGAGGAUCAUCCACUCGACUCUGGUGGAGGAAUCAGAAUCGCUGCCGAGUUCUUCGAUGGACGACGUGGUGGUGGGGACUGCGCUCGUCAACAUGUAUGGAAAGUUCGGGUGCCUGGAAGAUUCAAAGCGGGUUUUCGACGCGAUGACGAGCAGGAAUGUGUUGUCCGUCACUGCGAUGAUCGAGGCGUACUCCCAGGCGGGUCUCUCGCGGAAGAGUCUCGAGGUUUUCCGGGAGAGCACGGGAGUGGAAGGACUGGAGCCCGACGCGGUUUUGUUCGUCAGCGUUCUCUCGGCUUGCAGCCACGGAGGAUUGCUCGCCGAGGGCUGCCAGAUCUUCGUGUCUAUAGGAGCUGACUAUGAGAUGAUCCUCAGGGAGGAUCACUAUAUGUGCUUGAUCGAUCUGUUGGGGCGAGCUGGGAAGAUCGACGAGGCCGUGGAAGUGAUCAGCAACAUGCCGUAUGAGCCCAACUCCGUGUCGUGGACGAGCUUGCUCAGCGGGUGUGCUACGCAGGGUAGCGAUUUUGCGCGACGAGCAGCGGACAAUGCCAUGAAGCUCGAGCCGCGAAACUCUGGAGCUUACAAGCUUUUGGUCCAAUGCUAG